AUGAUAGAAGCCGCACUCAAGACGUCGUCGCAUCCAAGCAUCCACUACGAUGUACUCGACGUAGAGGCCGGGGACGUGCGGGAAUUCGUGAACAAGUACGGAAAGUUUGACCGCGUUUACUCUCUCCUGACCUGGCAUUUUCUCAAGGACCAGCUGACAGGGUACCGUAACGUUCGUCAUUUGCUCGAGGAUGGAGGCGAAUGCUUGGUCUCUGCUUGCAUCGAAAGCGUGUUUCUCAAUGUUUGGCUUGAAGUCUACUUGGUGGACAAAUGGAGACCGUUCAUUCCUGACCCGAGGGAAAUAUUUUCAGAUAUGCACUAUUUCAACUGUGAGAAGUCCGUCGGCGUGCUCGAAUCCGAAGUGCGAAAGCUGGUGACGGACGUGGGUCUCCACUGCAAUGACUGCCAAAUUUAUGAAAGUGACUGGCAGUUUGCGGACAUCGAGGAAGCAUUGGCGAAGAUGCUUUCAUUAAAAUGUCUGACCAUGGAGUAA